CGGAGGGGUGCUGCGAUUAUUUGGGACUACCACCGGGGGGAUCUCCAGGGGAGCUCCGUGGAGAAGGGGGACCGGAGGAGGAGUACCGGGAGUGGGGGCGGCGGGGAGGGCGAAGCGGCCGGGGCGGGCGGCGGCCGCCUGGGGGGGCUGCGGGCGCGGGAGCUGCGGCAGAAGAUGUCGCCGAGGCGGUGGCUGCCGGCGUGGUGGCGGUGGUGGUGGCUGCCCACGCUGCUGUGGGGCGGCGCGGGGGGGUACGUGGUGGUCAGCUCGGUGACCUGGCCGCUGCCCGAGGGGGAGGAGGAGGCGGCGGAUGAGCUGCACGGCUCUUCCACCGAGGAUGCGCUCCCCGCGUUGCUGGAGGAGGCGGGCGGCCUCUGGAAGCAGAGCUACCCGGCCUCGGCUUACCGGGAGGAUGCGGCCCUGGGCUCCGGGCCGGCGGCACGGCGCUCGGGCCAGGGGGCCGCCCCCUCCAGGAUGUUCUCCUACCGACGGGAGGGCGGCGGGGCGCCGGGCCGCGCCGGGACCGCCCGCUUCCUCGCCCACUACAACACCUGGGGCUUCGUGGCUACGCGGGCCGCGCACGGAAAGAUCCAAGGUAUGCCCUAUGGGAACUGUUUACUUCUCAGCGACGGUCCCAUCAAUAACAGCACCGGAAUCCCUUUCUUUUAUGUGACACCAAAGGACAACACUGUGGCAGAUCUCCUGAAGAAUCCUGUGGCUUCUCUGACCCUGCCAGAGGCAGAUGGAAAUUUCUGCAGAAAAAAUGUAAUUGAUCCGGAGGAUGCAAGGUGUGCCAGGUUGACUCUCAUGGGACAGAUGGUCACGGUGCCUCCGGAGGAAGUGGAAUUUGCCAAGCAAGCCAUGUUUUCCAGGCAUCCAGUGGUAAGAAAGUGGCCUCGUAGCUAUGAGUGGUUCUUCAUGAAAAUGAACAUUGAGCACAUCUGGCUUCAAAGCUGGUAUGGAGAAGUGUCUGCCAUCGCAGUAGAAGAGUAUUUAAAAGCAGUUCCAAGUAAAGGAUGAUUGAAUGGACUUCGAGAUAAGAAAUCUUUGUUUCCUAUCCAAACACUUUCAAAAUUUCAUGCUGGAUGGUUACCUUACAGUGAUUUUUUUUUUUUUUUCCAAAAAAAAAGCUUCAAAAUAGCCCUGUCUUACAUGGAGAAGAGUGAAAAUAAACCAACACAGACUUUAAAAUUAUAAAGGAGAGGUGUAUACUAGCCCUACCCUGCAAUGUACUAACGUGUCAUUUCAAACAGGCAAUGCAUCAUCUUGAAUGCUGCUUUAAAAUGCUUUGUGUCUGUUUGUUUUGACUUUUAUUGCUGUGCACCCACAAGGAAACUACAGUAUGUGCUAAAUAUAAUGUUCUGAUUUACAGAAAAAGCAAAUUGCCUAUUCAGAACCCUCUAUGUAUUGUGGAGGUAUUACUACUGCUUGGUCUCCCUUGGUUUGUAAGUACUCUAAGAUAAACCUCAUAGCUGCAACUUUAGAUAUUUUCAUUUCAAGAAAAAUAUUUUGCUAAGCUCUCCUCAUUUGCUAAAUUAUAUUUUGUACAUGUGUUUUUCUCUAAUUGUUCCUGUUAUGAGACAGGAAAAGUAUUUUAGCAGUCUGUAGUCCCAUUUUUCUUUGCAUUGCUUCUCCAGCCACUGUUUUAACUCAUUUGUGCAAAUGAUUUUUGCAAGCCGUCACUAAUUCAUCUAGGGGUGGAGCAUUUAUUUUUUUAAAGAAGCCUAAAGAUAGGUAGAUAUUUCAAGCCAUGAAAAACUAAUUUUCCUAGUGUGGAAAGUGCAAACUUUGUUGCAAACACGUCUUGUCCAAAGGUAUUUUUUCAUCUUCAGCCCUUGCUCUAGGUGUCCUGGUAACCUAUCCUGCAGGUCCUAAGGGUAUUGCAGUAAGAAAGGUCCAACGGCUAACUGGCCAAUUCAUUACACAGUUUGCAAAUUACACAGCGGCUCUCCCCAUAAGGUUAAGAAGCGGACACACUGAAUGGGGUGUCCGUGGGGAAGGUUCUUCCAGCAUCCCUGGGAGGGCACUCGAGCUCUGGACACCAGCCCAUGCCACGGCCAGGCUGAGGAGGAGCUCGCGGGGCGAGCAACCGGAGCUUGUACAGGUUAAUCCCCGGGCAGAGCUCAGAGGCAGCUGCGUGGGCUCUGACCUGCUGGAAGCCAAUUAAGUAUAGCUGAGCUUAUUUUGGUUCAGGUGUGGAGAGAGGGAGUCAUUCCCAAAGCAGAGCUGGGCACUGUGGUAGCCCGUGGAUGAGUUUAAGGCUCCACGCAUCACUACCAUUCCUGAUACUCUGUAAGAAUUUAAGACAAAUGCAGGAACAAAACUUUCUUUGGACACUUACAAUCAUCUUAUUUUCUUGUCUUGUCUCAUUGCCAGAGACUCAAGUCAGAGACACAAGCAGUGCAAAUCUUUUGCCAAGGUGAAUAAGCGAAAGGAGGAAGUGUCCUGUCUGAGUCCAUUUCCUUUUGUUUUGUUUUGUUUUGGUUUUUUGGCAGAUGAGCAGCAUUUGCCCAUUUGAGUUUGCCCCUGAAUCUUGCACUGUGUAAUACUGAAGCAAAAUGGCCCACCCUGUAGAAAUUUAUAGGAUACCAUCAGCUGAAAUCCUCCUCAAUUUGUAUCAUUUUGCCAUUUCGUCCACUACAGAUUUGAUACUUUGCCCAUUAAGAUUAAUGAGACACUUAAAACUGAGUUCAGCAGGCCUAGAGCCUGUAAGGGCAUCUCCACAGGUCUAACAUUUCUGUGCAACUUUAAUUAUGUGUUUCAUUAUCCCAGUUCACUACUGUUCCCAGAGAAACAAGAACUGUGUAUUCUCUCCCCUGCCCCUAGACAUACACACAGAUUAAACAAAUCCAGUGUACAAGUUUAAUGUUUAAAGGAGCUGAAGAAGAAAGGAAGAAUUUUAGAAAUGCUGCUGUUACUAUACUCUCAAUUUCACUUCCAUUCUUAGAUAGCCUGGUAACAGUUACACUGUCCUAUGUCGUAUCCAUAAACUUAUGAACACUCUUGCCUUAAAGCAGUAAGGGAUUGUAUCGAUGUUUAGUAGAGCUUUAACUGUUUAAGAAGUCAGCGUGCACUACAAAAGGUUGUGAAUGUACAGUACCCUACUUGCUAUCAGCUGUCUCCCUGCACACCCAGAUUAAUUGGAGUAGCUUCUGUAUGGUAAAUUGACACAUUCAUCACAAAGCUCUUCUAUAUGCACCUGCCUCGAGGCUCUUGACAGAACGUCAAAACAUGAAACGGCUAUGGCAGUAAAGUUACAAAAGGGGCUUCGUGAAGAAAUGCUGUCUUAAAUCACCUGUUCUAAUUUCAUGCUUCCUUCUCCCAAGGAAUAGCUACCAUAGAAGUCCUUGAAUGUCUGUAGAAAUUCAUCAAAAAUAUGACCAGCAGGUUUUGAAUGGAAGCAAAAAACAAGGGGAGGAGAUGGUAGUUUGCUUAAUUGGGCUUUAUGUUACUAAUUAUAUACUAGUUCAAAUUUUUCUUUAAACUGACAAAUGUCUCAAGUGAUAUUUGCCAUCACGUCAUUAUGUUUGUUAAAGCUUUUAACCCAAAGACUGUUAUUGAGAUAUCAUAAUAAAAUCAUAGUCCUUUUAGACUGUAAAGGGUGUUAUCUUACAUCAGUUCAAAUCAAUAGCCAAAAUCCUAUUUAUUUGUUGUGCUUUAAUAAUCAGAUCAAAUAAGCAUUUUUAUAAAAGGUCCUGGUAAGUCCUUAUGAAUUUAUUAAGCCUUUCAAGCUGAUGUGUAAUUUAUUUCCAUGUGUUCUGUAUUUUAGUUAUUUCUGUAGCUUCCCCAAAAAAGCUUAUUGUGCAACAUGUAUUAUUUCAAACUUUAACUGUGGUUUUGCAAUAUUUCAGUGAUGCAUUUAGUCAUGUCUGUAUGCUUGUCGAAAAAGGGAAGGCCAUGUUCUAAACUUGGUUCUCACUUUUUUCUAAUUUGUGCGAUGUAAUGCAUGUACAGGAUUUAAGCACAGCGAGUUUGAACUGCUGUUCUUAUUUAACCAAAGAAUGCUCUGUUUCUGAUGAAAUCUUCAUCACUCCACUGGAUGAAAUGCAACCUCUCUUGUUUCUGUAUGUGUAUUUCAAUUUGCAAUGUAUUUUGAUUUCUAAAGAUACUGAAUGUUGUUAAUAAAAUGCCUAUCAAGAAGAAAUGCAAAUAAAACUAAUUUCAAAGUGCA